CUUCCUUUCCAUGGAAACGGGAAUCGUCUGCUGCUGAUGUCUACUUAGCAACAAUCCGGUGGACCAUAUGGCGUUUUAGCUUUCAAAACAUUCUUUGUUUUAUUGCAAGCGCCUUUCUGUACUUGCUAGAUAUGUAACUUCAUGUUGUCACUUGGUGUGUUUAUUUCGUUGUGUCUCGGUUGUAAUGGCCUAACUAGUUAGCCAGCUAAUUUGCAAUAGAAUCUCUAGCCGGCUAGCAAACAACCCAUUUUGCCACUGCUAGCUAGCUAAUCCCCUUGGUCUAGCUAACUGGUUGCUGGGUAAUCCACGCAUAUGACUAGUUGACCAUCCACUGUACAUGUUUCUUUGCAUUAUAACUAAAUUAGCUAACGUUAGCUAGUUAGACAGCCAGUUGCCAGGAUAAAGCACAGAUUUCCUACAAACGCCAAGAAAGAUACUGGCUGGAAGAUGGAGCUCAAUUUGAAUCGGGUUGAUUAUCUACAGGUUGGGGUGACUUCCCAGAAAACAAUGAGACUCCUGCCUGCAGUUGGACGGAGAGCAACUCAAAAGGUUGCUGUGGCAGAUCAAGAUGGAGUUAUAACUUGUUUUGGGAUGAAAAAAGGAGAGGCGGUUCCUGUCUUCAAGACUCUGCCAGGGCAGAAGAUCACCAGACUGGAUCUGGGAGGAGCACUUGGGACACCCCAGGAGAAGAUUUUUGUGGCAGCCGGUUCUGAAGUCAGAGGAUACACCAAGAAAGGCAAACAGUUCCUGUCAUUCGAAGCAAAUCUUGCAGAAAGCAUCAAAGCCAUGUAUGUCUCAGGGUCGGACCUCUUUGUUUGCGCGAGUUACAUCUACAACCACUAUUGUGACUGCAGGGACCAAGACUACUACCUCUCAGGGGACAAAAUCAAUGACAUAGUUUGUUUGCCAGCAGAGGGCGCCGGCCGCACUAUCCCGAUCCUUGCAUGUCAGGAUCGGGUUCUCAGAGUGUUGCAGGGAUCUGAGCUCAUGUAUGAAGUUGAAGUUUCUGGACCUCCUUCUGUUUUGGAGUUAAAUAACAGAGAUGGAGGCAGUGGGGAAGUUCUUUAUGGAACAGCCGAUGGGAAACUCGGGCUGGUGAAGAUCACAGAAUCUUCUCCAGUUCAAAGAUGGGAGCUGGCUAAUGAGAAGAAAAAAGGAGGCAUCCUGUGCAUCGAUACGUUUGACAUCUUGGGUGAUGGUGUGAGAGAGAUCCUCGUCGGCAGGGAUGAUGGGACGGUGGAGGUGUACGGGCUGGACGGCUCGAAUGAGCCUACCCUGCGCUUCGAGCAUGCGCUGUCAGAGAGUGUCACGUCUAUCCAGGGUGGCUGUGUUGGAAAGGAGAAUUUCGAUGAGGUUCUGACAGCAACGUACACAGGCUGGGUGACUGGACUCACAACUGAGCAGCAGCAGGAAGAGGCGGGGCCAGGAGAGGAAAUUAAGAUGAGUCAGGAGACUCAAAACAAAGUUGCUGCUCUCAGGUUGGAACUGGAGCAGUUGCAGGUAAAGGUACUCCAGGAGAGGGAGAAGUACCAGCAGACCUCCCAGUCCAGCACAGCCCUCUCUGCAGUGCCCGUCUUUAGUGUCAACGACAAGUUGACCCUCUGUCAGGACGAUGCCAGCUACAGCCUCACCUUGGAGGUGCAGACUGCCAUUGACAACCUAUUACUGCAGAGUGAUGUUCCAAUCGACUUGCUGGACGUCGAUAAAAAUUCAGCUGUUGUGAGUUUCAGCGAAUGUGAUUCAGAGCAGCCAAAUGGCAAUUUCCUUCUGGCAACAUACAGAUGCCAAGCAAAUACUACAAGGCUUGAGCUUAAGGUGCGAUCCAUAGAGGGCCAAUAUGGCACUCUACAAGCCUACAUCACACCACGCCUGCAGCCAAAAACCUGUCAGGUACGGCAGUAUCAGAUUAAACCCCUUUCUCUUCACCAAAGAACUCACUCCAUUGACCAAGACAGGCCCAUGAAUACUCUUACGCUGGUUGGUCAGUUUAGUUUGGCCGAGAUCCAUUCAUGGGUGGUGUUCUGUCUACCGGAGGUUCCUGAAAAAACACCACCUGGGGAGACGGUGACUUUCUACUUCCAGAACACUUUCCUCGGCACACAGUUGGAAACAACCUACAGUAAAGGUGAAGGUCACUUCAAAUCAGACAACAUCUCUACAAUUUCCAUUCUGAAGGACGUUCUCUCGAAAGAAGCCACCAAAAGAAAAAUUAACCUCAACAUUUCUUAUGAUAUCAAUGAAGAGUCUGUCAGUCAUACUCUGAAGAUGAUUCAUCCAAAACUGGAGUACCAGCUGCUUCUUGCUAAAAAGGUUCAGCUGAUCGAUGCUUUAAAAGAACUACAGGUUCAUGAAGGGAACACAGACUUCCUGAUUCCCGAAUAUCGUAGUAUUCUAGAAGAGUCCACAAAUCUUCUUGAGGAGUACAAGAAACAGCCUGCGCAUUUGGAGAGGCUAUACGGUAUGAUCACGGAUCUCUUCAUUGACAAAUUCAAGUUCAAAGGACAGAACGUGAAGACAAAAGUUUCACUGCUGCUUGAAAUUUUGGACAACUAUGAUCUGAAUUCUUUAAUGGAUUUUUUUAAUGAAGGGUGACGUGGUGGUCAGUGGUCUUGUUGUGUUAGUCAGUACUUAAUUUAAAAUCUUUCUGGUGUUGUAUAUGAAAUAUCAUAUUAAGAUUAUGUUAAAGGUACAGGAAUAAACACCAAAUAUGUUAAAUAUAUUCUAAAAAAACAUUCCCCUGGUAGAACAUGUAUGAAGUCCACACUAAUGUAUUUUAUGUCAUGAUAGUCGGCACUGUACUUGAAUAUGAGUACUUUGCCUUUUGUAGCAUAAUGUGUAUAUUUUUUUGUAGAAAGUAUGUUCAUAUUCAAAUACUUUGUGUUUCAAUAAAUGUAUCACUUGCUUAA